GCAUGUGAGCAUGAGUACAGUAAAGUUAUAAGGAUGAAAAUUUUUGUGGUGUUCUGAAGCAAUUGAAAGAUAUAAAAAGUCAUACUCUCGACUCACGGGAACCAAAUCAGCCAAUGCAACAUUAAAUGUGUGGAUAAGCAAGAGUACAAUAAAAAUGUGCAUACAAAGAUGACUCAAAAACAGCCCCAUUAUGGUUAACGUGACCACAGGUUUUAGCAGAGGCAAAACUCACGAAUACGAAUUCGCGAAUUUCAGUAGAAAAUGAAAGUUUGACAGAGACUCGUUCGUGCUAAAUUCAUAAAAUGCAUACAAUCUAUCCAAUUUUAAUUGCUGUUAAGCAAAAAAGUUAAUUGCCAAGAAAAAUUGUGCAAAUUUUUUAUUUGUUUCGAAUAAAUUCCAUAAUCAAAUCUUUAACGAGCUUUCUGUGAUGUGUUUACAAAUGUGUACAUAGAAAAUAUAAAACGAACUUUCAAAAUGCGGUUUGCUAUAUGCAUAUCUAAAUAUGUACAUAUAUAUGUAUAUAGUUAAAAGACGAAUUAUUUAGUUGUGCGGUAAAGGUACGGUUAAUUGUCAAAAAUGUCGGACAUCGUGGAUACGGAAUUACUAGUGAAUUGUACAAUACUCGCCGUCAGGCGUUUCGGACUUAACACUAUUGUAAAUUCAUCUCUAUUGAGCAGCCUGAAUCGAUCGGAAGUUAUCAAUCUACUUUCUGGAAUAAUAGAGAAUAAGGACAACCUAGACAACAUUAAUGAUGCAAAGGACUUUUUAACCGAAUGCUUAUUUCCGUCACCGACGAGACCGUACGAAUUGCCAUGGGAACAAAAAACUAUUUGGGCGAUUAUCUUUGGUAUGAUGCUGUUUGUGGCAAUUGCCGGAAACUGCAUUGUCUUGUGGAUUGUUGCUGGUCAUCGCAGUAUGCGCACUGUAACAAACUACUUUUUGCUCAACUUGAGCAUAGCCGAUUUGCUGAUGUCCUCGCUCAACUGCGUUUUCAAUUUCAUCUUUAUGCUGAAUUCGGAUUGGCCCUUCGGUUCUAUUUACUGCACAAUAAAUAAUUUCAUGGCGAAUGUGACUGUCUCGACGUCGGUAUUUACCCUUGUGGCUAUAUCACUGGAUAGAUAUUUUGCAAUUGUUCACCCUUUGAAGAGACGAACAUCAAGACGAAAAGUACGGAUCAUUCUGUUACUAAUAUGGGUGAUAAGUUGUUUGCUAGCAGCGCCCUGCUUACUGUACUCAAGCACAAUGACGAAAAGAUACUACAACGGCAAAUCGAGAACUGUGUGCUUUAUGCUGUGGCCAGAUGGACGCUAUCCAACAUCGAUAUCAGAUUAUGCUUACAACAUCAUAAUCCUGAUACUCACCUAUGGUAUUCCAAUGGUUGUCAUGCUAAUAUGCUACACCUUAAUGGGUCGUGUUCUCUGGGGAAGCCGUUCUAUUGGAGAAAACAUUGAUCGUCAAAUGGAGUCGAUGAAGUCGAAAAGAAAAGUGGUACGGAUGUUUAUUGCCAUCGUUCUAAUAUUUGCAAUAUGCUGGUUGCCAUAUCAUAUGUUUUUCAUCUAUGCUUACCACAACAACGAUAUCACAUCCGCCAAAUACGUACAACAUAUGUAUUUGGGGUUCUACUGGUUAGCUAUGUCAAAUGCCAUGGUAAAUCCAAUAAUAUACUAUUGGAUGAACAAAAGAUUUCGAUUGUACUUUCAAAGGAUCAUAUGUUGUUGUUGCUAUGGUGCAGUCAAUCACAAGACGGAUUCCCCGAAUUUAAUUGCAAAUAAAAACAGUUUUCAAAAGUCUAUUAAAGUAGAGGGCAAAAAUAUUUGGAAACGUAGUACCAUGGAGACACAAAUACAGGUGGCGCAAACUUCACUUCGGGAGAGAAUCACCAUGGAUAAAACUCCGAAUAAAGUCGUUGUGGACUGCAUACAAGAGAAAGCCAAAAUUGACAGUUCUCCAGUUUAUAUUUCAACCAAAAGCGGAACUGAUCAGCAACGAAUUAUAAUAAAAUGUAUUUCCUGUGACGAGGACAAUAAAUAUGGUAAAGAUAUUCAGGGAAAGAAUGAAAAGGAUGGAAAAGACACACUCUGAUUGUAAAUUUAGGCAUAAGAAAUGUUUACAUACAUACAUAUGUACGUAUGAAUUUGUAAAUACCUUAAAUUAAGUAAUUCAAUGUCACAUAUGAAAUACGUAACCCACUUUUGCAGAACGACUUCAUUAAACUCAUGAUGUAUAUAGUUAGAUUA